AUGCAAUAUUGUUAGAUUCACAAUCCUCAAUUCCAAUAAACCUAAUAUCAGUCAACAUCAUAAUAAUAAUAACUGUUACCUUAGCAUGUCAUACUCAUUAAUAAAUAUAAAAACAAAAAAAAAGCAUACAAAGGUAUCAUAAUAUUUUGAUCGUAGAGUCUCUAAAUGAUCUAAGGAAUUAGAUGAAAGGAAUCUUAGAUAAAUAAUUGCACUAAGAGCAAGAGUUAACUUAACUAAAAACCUAAUAUCAUUUGGAAAAAGAGUAAUGGUAAUAAGAAAAGAAGAUCUUGAAUUCAAUGUUACCAUAAAAGGAUCUGAAUUUCAACGGAUUAUAGAAGGAGAAGAAAUCUUACAAGGAAAAGAAGUAAUUACUCAAAAAUGAAUUGUAACAAUAUAAAUAGCACUGUGAAAUUUAAGAUGGAAAAUUACAAUAAAUUUUACUUGAAAACUCAAAAUUAAAAGCAAUUUUAAAUGGGAGAGACUAAGAAUGUCUGGCUCUAUAAUAAGAAGUAGAAUAUUACUAAAAGAGAUUAAUUUAAUUAUAAAGAUAGUGA